CCCUCACCGCCAUGGCUGCUUUGCAGUUCCUGCUGAUGAUCCCGGCCCUGGGCAAUUUCCUUUUCACCUUCGGGACCGGCGUGGAGCUGAUCCGUUUUAUUUCCUUCCGUGCCAUCUUUUUGCAGCUGCCCGCGGGGGCUGCGUCUCCUCCCCACGUGAAUCCAGAUGGCACCUCGAAUUCUCAGUGGAAAACUGCCCUAAGGGAUCCCAAGAUUCUGCACUCGCUAACAGCGGAUGUGGGCCUGAUCAUCCUUUUUAUCCUGCAGCACAGCCUUAUGGCUUCUGACCGGGUCAAACACUGGACUUCCAACUGCUUUGGGGUCUUGCAGAGAACAGUCUAUGUUUUUUGCACAGACGUAACUCUUCAGUUGCUGAUGAGGUAUUGGCAGCCAGUGCUGGAGGGCCCCAUGCUCUGGAAUACGAGCACUGAGCCAUGGACCACUUGGGUUCCACUCACCUGCUUUAUCCUCCAUUUCAUCUCCUGGCUAAUCAUCUUUAGCAUCAUCCUCAUCUUUGACUAUGCAGAACUGAUGGGAGUCAAACAGGUUUAUUACUACUGCUUGGGCAUAGGAGACCCUUUGGCUGUGAAGUCUUCACGGGCCCUCCGUCUCUACUCCCACCUUCGCCACCCAUUGUACGUGGAGUUUCUCCUUAUCCUCUGGGCUGUUCCCUGCCUCUCUCUUGACCGCCUGCUUCUGGCCUUCUUCUUCACCGUCUAUCUUACCUGUGCUCACAGCCUGGAUGAACAGGAUUAUCUCUACCUCCGUGCCCAGCUGGAGAAGAAGUUCCAAAUCUUCUCCCGGGAAGAGGCAGCUUAUGGGGACUUAUUGGCAAAGAACGGCCCCUCAGACUACAAGGGCAACUGAGUAGGAGUGAGAGAGGUUAUCGAUUUUGGAUGCAGAGGGGGCGUCUGACUUGUGGGGGGGUCUGACGGCCAGAUCCCUGCUUGCAAAGCACUGAAUAAUACACCGUAUCUUAUCUUGAUUGUGUUUUUACACAUAAAGGACUUGAAGGGCUACCUCCCAAAAAUUUGGUAUCUACUAGGCCCAGUUUCUUCUAACCCCCUAAAAGAAUUUU